UACUGCCAGCUCUUCCCGUCCAUCCAAAGUCUCUUUCACUUUCUUGUUAUUCUUCUCAAAUGUGAAACCAUCUUUCCAACUUACCUAUUUUAAUGCACAUACAACUUGCAACCUUCAACAAUCAACACAUCUGAUAUACACAAUGGCCUCUUACAUACGAGACAGUCGAAGCGCGGUGAGAGCUCAUAGGCGAGACUCGUCGUCAUCAUCGUCCUCAAACACAAACUCCAACCGCACAAGACCACGACUUCUUCGCUCUAGUGCAACGGAACCUUCAAUCACUGCUUCAAAUGCCAUCAGAGGCUCAUUCGCUGGCCCGGGCUCACCACAAAGAGCGACUGAUCUUCUCAACCGUGUUGCCGUCUACUCGCCAUCUCCAGAAGCCUCGACUCCAGGCCCAGUCUCACGCCACGCCGAGCCCAUCUCAAUCUGCCGUGAUGACCGAGAGCAUUCACCCUCCAGCAGCCCAGGAACUCAGUCCGUCGUGAUGGUCGACUCACCAUCUGGCUAUUACUUUAGCUUUCCUAGCUUUGAGGAAUGGAACAGGGACAACCAAGAGGAUAUGAAUAAGGACUCUGAUGACUGAGAUGUGACGGGAAAGAGGGUGAGAGGAACCAAAUGGCCUCAAACCGAAAAAGGAAAACAACAUGACUACGACAGGGCGACAACAACAGUCGCUCAUCCAGCACGGCCACACUGUCGACGAGACAGCAAAGGCCUUCGCUGA